UGUGGAUGUUGUGGAGUUUUCCUAUUAUGGUUCUCCGGCUUCAACUCCCGAGGAACAGCUAUACACAGAACUUGCAGAUGGCUUGAGGGGAAGUGACCCAUGUGUUGGACUGUUGGUUCUGGUUCCCAGGUAUGAGAAAUUGCUGCCAUCUUGUUUUCUGUUGCAGUAAUGAUCUGUUUUUUGAACUGUAAUUUAAAUGGUUUUAAGUAAUUAUAUUCUUGUUUUGGGUGGGUAGUGAUGACAGUAAAUGUCCACUACUGUAUUUUGAGGCUUCUGAAUAGGUGAUGACCCAAAAGUUAAUUACAUGCUAUAACUCAUGAGUAUAGAGGAAAUUUACCCAGCAGUUUUGCUCAGUACAAUUUAUAAAGCUAUAUGUCCUACUACGGUAUUCUUAUGAUUUUUGUUCUUUGCAUCCCCUCGGUUUAAACUUCAGUUUAAAGAACACUGGUUAACUGACAAAGCCAUAUCAAACUAUCAAGGUGAAACGGAAAGUAUCCUAUUAUUGGAACCUAUCAAUUUAUUGACCAAAAAAACAUACCUCUCAAUUUAUGUUGAGUUUUACAUGUUUGACUCUUAGUGCUAGGGUCAGCUCAAGUUUAAUGAGUUUAAGGAUAGUGGUAAGCUAAGAGAUCUUGUGGCUCCCUGAACCUCAAAUUUAUUGAUUGAACCUAUCUACUGUACACCAUGGGUUGUGUCCUAAUUCCUUAAGUCAUCGAAUUGCCAAGUCCUUUUUACUUGUUUAGGUUGCAAGCCAAGAGAUAUAUGGAACUGUGGGUGCUAUUGUCAGAAGUCGAACAGGUAAUAGACAAGUUGGUUUCCUCACAAAUAGGCAUGUAGCAGUUGAUAUGGAGUAUCCAACCCAGAAAAUGUUCAUCCCAUGCCACCAAGCCUUGGACCAGGGGUGUAUCUUGGUACUGUAGAGAGGACAACAUCUUUUCUCACAGAUGACCUCUGGUAUGGAAUAUUUGCUGGAACAGUUCCAGAAACAUUUGUGCGCGUCGCUGGUGCCUUCAUUCCUUUUGCUGAAGAUUUCAAUAUGGAGAAUGUAAUUACAACUGUGCGACGUGUAGGUGAGAUUGGUGAUGUUAACAGUAUAGAUUUACAGUCCCCAAUCAGCAGUCUCAUUGGUAGGCAGGUGAUAAAAGUUGGGAGAAGUUCAGCUGCAGUCCGAGACCAAUGGAAUGCUUCAGCAGCUGAAUUUGGUUCCACAGAUGCCAAGCAUCAUCUGCUGGUUGUGCUCCAUAUAAACAUAAGCUACAAGAUAACUGUGGACCUCUGUUUUCACUGUUAAAAUGGCUGAAACAUAGAUGUGGAGGAGUGUUAAGCAAGCGUUUUGAGAUGUUGGAAAGAUGGUUAUGAUAAGUUGGAAGCCGAAUGUGUAUACACAUAAGGUGUUGAUUGAUGGGCGCUGCAAGGAAGGUUGGGCUGAGGGGGCGUUUAGGCUGUUUUUGAAGCUUGUUCCGGGUGAUAGUAAUAUGCCAAAUGUGUGCAUGUAUACUGCGAUGAUCGGUGGAUAUUUCAAGGAGGAAAGAUGAGCCGUGCGGAGAUGUUGUUCAGCAGAGUGAAGGAACAUGAGUUCCUAACAUGAAUACUCUUGAUUAUGGGCAUUGCAAAGCUGGGAAUUUUGCAUCUUAUGAUUCUUAUCAGAGAAACAAAGCUUCAAGUGGUUUGAUAAUCUUUGUUGCUGUAUAUAUACUACUGUAACUCAAAACUGUUAUAUAAACAAGCUACUUAAUUA